AUGGAGACCCUGACGUCGAAUCCCUGCAAGGUCACGGUUGACAAGUUGAAGAAUGCCUUGCAACUUGUGCUCGUCUAUCCUCAUGGGAGCCCGUUCCACAACACCAUGGUAUCACAGCUCAGGACAACCAUCUUUCUCAUCAGUCAUCGCUCAUGA